GUGUGAGGCCUAGCGCUGCUGUGAGCCGAGUUAGAUUUUAUUCAUGGCUCUCUCAGAGAAGCGGCAGCCGGAGACGGCAGGGGAAGGAGGUGCAGUUGCGCAGAGCUAUGAGGAGCUGCUGAGGGGGACGCUUCUUGCUUUGCAGCGCUGUACCCAACAGCUUAAGGUGACUGAAAGUUCUGUGAGAUUUGAUGUUGACUGGGGCAAUCUUCAGUGCCUGCCAGAUGCGAAGCCGGCAUUGCUUUGCUCACUUCUUCAGCAGCACAUCUCUGACAUUCAGCCUCUUAUGGACAAGCUGCAGGCUCUGGUGUAUGAAGAAGUUCAGCCAAAUGAUAACUCUGCAAAAACAGAAGAAAGUGGCCUAGAGAAGGCUGACCUUGCAACUGCUGGAAAAGUUAUGCCAGAAUCUAAUCCAGGCGAAUCCUUACAAACCAGUGAUGGUUUUGACCCCUCAGUUGUACAAAUUAAGGCAAAAAAAUCAGAGAUCGACAGAAGGAUAUUGGCAUUCAUCGAGAGAAAGCAAGCUGAGAUCAAUGAAAACAACGUCCGGGAGUUCUGCAAUGUUAUUGAUUGUAAUCAAGAAAACAGCUGUGCCAGAACAGAUGCAGUUUUUACUCCAUAUCCUGGAUUCAAGAGUCAUAUUAAAGUCUCUAGAGUUGUGAACACUUACGGACCACAAACUAGAAAUGAUAACACAGCAGCUCCAAGGUUAAGAGCAAAUCCUGUCCAACUUGACUGUGGGAAUCAGGCUGUUGAAGAGAGACUCCAAAACAUUGAAUGUCACUUGCGAUUGCAGAGAAGUGGACCUGUACCAAAAGAUGUGUACCAGAGAAUUAAAAGUCUAGAAGACAAGAUACUGGAGUUAGAAGGCAUUUCACCAGAAUAUUUUCAUUCUUUAGAUGUUUCCAAAAAGAGAAAAGCACCCCAAACAUCAGAGAGCUAUUCGUUGGCAGAAAUUGAUCAGAAGAUUAAAACUCUCAAACAGUCCCUUCUGCAAAAGAGCAGCAGGUUCCAUGCAGACACAAUGCAGACUUGAUCUUUGCUGGGAAUCUUGACUGGAUUUGUUGAUGAACUGGAUAAACCACAUUUUCAGAUUGAUAUUAAGCUUAUUUUAUGAUAUUCAUAUGACAAAUGUCUUAACUGUCCUUAUUGUUAAUCCUGUAAAUCAACUAUGGGCAACUUUUUUUUGCCCCAGUGGUUGCAAAAAUACAACUAGGCAUAGCAAUUCUGCCUGGGAAAUGUUACAGUUUGGACCUUGAGAAAUGGAGGCCGUCUGUUCCCUUCUGUAAAUAGUUUUUUUCACAUUUCCAAAGCUUUAUGGUCUGAUGUAUUUGUUAGCGGCAGUGUUUGUUUAUCCAUUCGUAAAUCAAGCAUGACUCUGUAGCUCUGUAUAUCUGUGCUAGUGAACCUAAAGUAGUAACUCGCCUUUGAAUUAGCUUUUAAUAUGUUAUAAAAUAUCCCAUUCUUAUCAACUU